UUCUCCAGAAACAAUUUGGGGCUUGAGGUCUUUAGAAGCAGCAAUAGAAAUCCAGUAUAAAGCAUAUUUCAAAGGAGUUUAUUUUUUUUAAUCACACAAUGCUGCAUUUAUAGUUCUGUAUGUGAGUUUCUUGCCUUAGAAAAGCAGACGUCAGAGAGGGCUGUACUCGGCUGCAGAAUGUCUGGCACAUGCACCCCCCCCCCCCCCCCCCCCCCCCCACGCAUGCCCCCCCCCCCCGCCGGCACAGCAGGGCUGCCUGCCAGGUUGGCAGCGCUCACGGGCAGCAUUUCCCCCAAACUGUCUCUUCGUCUUGCCCCCAGGGGCAAUCGCAGUUGGUUCUGGGCGGAGCACGCUAAAGCAUUUCAGCUUCAAACUGUCUUUUUCCACCCCUGCAAGGAAAGAAGAAGGCAAACGGAUCCGUUGAAGCCUGUUCAGGGUUGAAAUAACCGCAGCAGAAAUGUAUAAACCUGCCUGGAAGUGCAACUUCAGCAUAGCUCGGUAGGGAUCCGACCGUGAGCUCAGAGCCGAAGGGGCCCGUCCGCGUGAGGUCAGCGACUGCAGCGCCACGUGGCCCCGCUCCUCCGGGGGAAGGCAGGCAGGGUGGGGGCACACUGCGGGAGUUGCUUGAGCUCCCCCGUGUUGCCCGCUGCCCGGGGGCUGCGUUUUAAGGAAGGAGUGGGAAUACUUGGGUUGUACUUGCUGGCCGCCAUCGCUUUCCAGUCUAAAAGGGACCUGAACGUCUGGACAGUAAGAUCAGCUCGGAAGUGGGAGCCUGAAUCCAUCUCAUAUCCUCUCCGCUGCCUCAGCCCCUCUGGCCACAUCGGAGGAGCUCCUGGUGAAAAUUUCCGCAAGCUCCUGACAGAUUAUGGCCUCUCGGUGCUCAAGCUUUCGAAGAGAGAUUGCGAUCUUUUGGAUGAAAUUUGGUCUCUGGGCAGCAGUUGGCCACCAGCAGUUUUCCACAAAGGAUGUUGAACUACUUCCCUUCUAGGAGAGAAAGAACAGACACAGCCAGCAGAAGGUUGUUUGGGAGCAGGGACCUCAGACUUGGGCAAAUGUUUGCGAUAAAGCAACAUCAGCGGCACAGCGCUACGGUUUCGAGAAAGCUGGCAGUCCUAGAGGAAAGUGGUGGAACCUUUCCAGCUGUUCCCAAGCCACUCUUAGCUUCUUGUGCAAGAUGCAAACCCUCUGAACUCGACAUCUCUGCCGCAGUUAAGUAAUCCCAAAGUUGCACCCAUCUCUGCCCUUACUUUUUUUUAAUCCUCUGAGCUCUGGAGGAACCUUAGAUUGUCCGGGUGGAAGAGACACCUCUCCAGUUUAUUUGGGAGGAAAUACAGGGGGUGUAGCGCUUCCCAGCGCAGUCAUGUGCAGCUCAUGUUUCUCUCACCCAUGUACCGGCACCUGCUUCUUUUGGAGCGGAUCCCCAGAGCAGGGGAAAUUGCCCUGUGAACCCGCCUUAAAUAGUUCAGCAUCAGUAACUUGCCCCUCUAGAGAGCUGUGGCUCAGAACCGGAAAGGGUAUCAGUUUUGCUCUAAGCAGCAGAGGCGUUCUUUGCAAGAGAAUGCUGUGUGAUUCAGGGACACAAUCAGAAGAGGGGAGAGAAUACUUGGACGAGUGGAUCUUUCAGUAAGGUAACUUAUGGAACGAAUUUCACCUGCGCUUCCUGUAAGAAGUACCCUUCGGUGGGGUCUCUUGAAGACAGUUUAACCAAGCACCAGACUGACAGACACGUUUCUCCAGAAAGCCUGCUCUUACUGCAAGAGAACGCUCCAAGAUUUGGCGGUGCACAGAACAACUGCCUUUGCCGCGCCACAGAGAACCACGCUCUUACCCGAGACAAGCGUGCUCGCCGGUAGUUGUGAAUGACUUGUGCAAGGUACUUGGGAACCCACAGGGCACUGAACGCGAAAUGUGUCGGUUAGGCGCUUGAGUUGCUUUCAGCAAGCUGCACCCCUCUGAGAAGAUUUUUUUCUCCCUUUAAAAAAUUCCAGAUGAAUUUAUGGAAAGCUGCACGAUCAAGUUUUCCUCUGCAAAAUGUGUGUCCUUUACCUUCGAGCUGAGUUGCAAAGCUCUGAAUACCAAAUCGAAGAAUAGCUGUCAUUUUCACAUGUUCAAUAAUAUAAUCGGAUCGACUUCGCCUCUCCAUUACACAGACUGUUUUAUUAUUACUGUGCUCACUUUGAUUACUUGCUAUGCAUCAGGGGCAAUUCUAAUGCCACGCAUUCCUAGCAUUUCUGUCCACUCCAGAGAAAGGAUUCGGCAGAAAAGACCAAAACAAAUCAAUAGAAAAUUCUUGAUCUUUGUGUAUACAAUAAAACGGCUUAUCAAAUCAGAGGUUUUCUUCCACAAGAGCCCAGGUCCCAUCUGUAUUUAUAAAAUAAUGUCAUUUUCUUUUAUCUCUUGCAGUGGUUUAACUGACACAUGCUUAGGCUGAGAACUACAAAAAUUGACUGUUUACAGCCCGAGAGAAGUUAAAUUGCUUUUAUGUAGUACUGGAUUAUGAGCUAGGAUCCUUUAGCAGCCAUCCCGGACAACCAAGUUCAUCACUGAAUACAUUUUCUUGUGGAUCCAGUUGAAGAGUGUUAAUCCAGCUACCUUUCUCUCUGAAAAGAAAACUGCAUGGCCAGCUGCAUUGCCCAUUUUGAUGGAGGUACCUCUCCGGUUCCAGUGUGCUUAGCCACAAGAGAGAGGAAGGUCAGAUCUAAACUAUGUCACGAGGAACCCUUUGACCUGCAGUUUCAGUACAACACAGAGCUCUUCAUAAUGGCCUGUAGCCAAGGCUCUGGACAUCAGAAUCCACUGUGAUCCCAAAGCACAAGUUUGUUCUGGUGAAAUUUGACACCCAGUACCCUUAUGGGGAGAAACAGGAUGAGUUCAAAAUUGUGGCCGAAAGCUCAGAAUCCAGCGAUGAAUUGUUGGUGGCCGAGGUGGGGAUCUCAGAUUACGGUGACAAACAGAACAUGGAGCUGGGAGAGAGAUACAAGCUGGAUAAGGAGGCGUUCCCGGUCUUUUACUUGUUCCAAGAUGGCGACAUGGAGAGCCCGGUGCCUUACAAGGGGCCAGUCACGGCCAGCGCUCUGCAGCGCUGGCUCAAGGGUCGGGGGAUCUACAUGGGCAUGCCAGGAUGCCUGAAGGAAUUUGACGGCCUGGCAAGCGAAUUUGUGAGCACCGCUGCGGAAGCGGCACGCAAGGCGCUCCUGGAGCGUGCGCAGCAGCUCCUGGCGAAGGCCAAGGAAACGGAGCGGAAAUCUGCCGAGCAGUACGUCAAGGUCAUGAGCAAAAUCCUCGCCCAGGGCACCCAGUUCGCUGCCAGCGAGGUCUCCCGCAUCAGCAAGCUCAUCGAGGAGAACAAGAUGAGCGACGGGAAGAAGGAGGAGCUGCAGAAGCGCCUCAACAUCCUAGCUUCCUUCCAGCAGAAGACAAAGGAUGAGAAGGAGGAACUCUGACACCGAGCGGGAACGAAGGCGCGCCAGCUGUGAAACAAGCAGAUCAAGUCCCAACGGUGCUCUGCUAGAGCAGGCAACCCCCCCCCCCGCCCCAUGAGAGCCCAUUCCCGUUCCUUGUCCGCACAUUUGCUGAGGACGCCAUCCCUCGGGGGGGGGGGCGGCCAUGGCCAGCUGCACUGCUGAACGAUGCUGCACAGGAACCCUCAUUCUCAAGGGGCAACUUGGCUUCCCCCCCUCCUGAAUUUUUAAACAGUGUUUCCUCACAGGUGCUAUCCUGACCAGGUGGGUUCUCCAGGUGGCCACCUGCGGACUUGGCGCGGCCCCUUCCCCGCUCCUCAUGCUCCACCCGGAGCAGCGUGUGGCGGAACCCACCUGGCCCGUGUCCCUUGCAGCGCGGCCACCUGGCUCUCCCCUUCCUCCUGCCCGCCACGCUCCUCCGGCUGCCGCAAGCCGCACAGCAGGUUCCUGGCUCCGGCGGCCCCCCUCGGACUGCCUUGCCGGCCGUGGGGAGACGCCUGUCCCGAGCAGGGGCACGCGGCCCCCGCGGGGUGGGCUCUGCCCGCGAGGGUGUUCGGGGAGCACAGCCUGGGAAGCCAAAGGCCGGCCGAGGAGGCGAAGCCAGUGCACGCUCGUCUCUUCCUGAGCAGUAUUUGUGGAAUUGGUUUGCAGGGAAACCUUAUCGGUGGGACUUCAUUUGCUAAUAAAGGUUACUGGAAAAAGA